AUGCCACCCCGCAAGCUACGCUCGAAACCAUGGGACCAGUGGAAUCGACUCGUGGUCAACUCCAAGACCCCGAAAACGACAAAGCUGAAGUACACAACUUCAGACUUGGCUCCACUGAAUAUUAAGCUAGUCUCCGACAAGGAUACAGAUGAUGCCUCCUGGUUUGAGCCAUGGGAUAAACUCGACAAGCUCACGCUGGCAGAGCCUCAAUCACUUAACAAGCUACUGACGCUCGAUCUAGAGGCGGUUGAAAAUCUUGACAUGCUCAAACGUCACCAACAACGUAAGUCCUUUUGCAUUGAUCUAUGGUAUGCUAUUGAUGCCCGCACUUCUAAUUACUCGGACCGUGCCGAUCUUCCGCGUACAGAUCCCGGGGUGUCGCUAAGUAUGAUUAGGCCCUGGUUACCGAUUAACGGGGAAAAUGAGUUUUACAAGGUUGAUCAAUUUUUCACACCCGGUCACCCAUUUAUCUGGGGAUGGUACGUGCUGAGCCUAGAAGAAAUGUGCGUUCGAGAUCGCGACUUCCAGGAAACACUCUAUCCCCAUCUACAGAUGGCCAUUUUCAGUUUCGACUGCCCUGACGAGGAUAACAUACUCGCGAGCGAGCUUUCGGCGUUAGUGCAGAUUAUUGGCAUUCGGUCCCGUCAGCCUGCCUUCUCGGAUUCUCCCAACAUCGCUGCGUUAUUGAUCUUUUUUUUUGGCGCUCGUCAAGUACGCGUUAUUCAAGCCUCCUAUUCCAAAGGAACAGGUGACGAUGGAGGGAAUGGGGAGAAAGAGGGGGAGCCUAAGCUCACGGUGACGCUGCAGAAGGCAAUAGAUCUCGCCGGUAACAACCAAAUCGAGAAUGAGGAACGUAUGGACGAGAUCAUUCGAUGGAGGGCGUGCAACCCUAGUUUCUAA